CCUUUCUCUGUGGCAUCCACAUUACACAUCUCCCGAAAAUGUGUCGACCCAUCUCUUUCCUGUCCUCCACUCACACUCAGACGCUGCUCUGCUCUCCUCUCUUCCUCUCUGUAUAAACCAAACUCCCACAUUGCUCUACUCAAAUUUCAAAACCCUUCAAAAACCCAUUUCCUACUCUCCUCUCUCUUCCCAAAAAACCCAAAAAAAAAAAAAAACAAACAAACAAACAAAAAAAAAGAAAGGAAUUCCAUCUACAAUGGGAAACUCCUUCAUUCCUCUUCUCAUUUCUUUCCUUUUCAUUCUCAAACACUCCCUCUCCAAAACCAUUGUUGUGGAUGGUCUCUCUAACUGGAACAGUUCAUCUGUUCAUGUAGGAGACUCUAUCAUAUUCAAGUAUAAGCAGAGUCUCUACAGCCUCUACAUUUUCCGCAACAGAAGAGCGUUUGAUCUCUGCAACUUUGCACAAGCGACGCUUCUCGACAAUGGCAGCUCCCAAUCCUUCAUGUGGCACCCAUCGCGCCCUGGCUUCUUUUAUUUCUCUUCCAACAAUGGAUCUGCUGGAACGUCAUGUAAGCAAGGUGAGAAGGCUUCUAUAAGGGUUCUCAAGAAAGAAUUGGUGGAAGAGAAGACAGCAUUUCCGCCUUCCGCUGCUCCGUCGCCGACUCCUGGUGGGGGCUUACCUUCCAUUCCAACGUACCAUUGGCCAUUCCACUCUGCUUCGGUUAGUGCACCGAGCCCAUCACCGCCGCCAAGUAAUCCAGCAGUGUACUCAGAUGGUGGAGGUGGGAUGCCUUUCAUAAAUAGUAACCCGGCCGUUCCGCUUCCGACUGGGGAGACGGAUUCAGCUACUAUCCGGCCGUUGCCGAUUUCAGGCAAUGGAGACAAGGUGGUCUUGUGGUGGGCCCUUCAAAUUCAAACGGUUCUCCUUUGCAUGGAUUGUGUGAUAUAUCUCUGGUAUAUCUAAGCCUAGUUUAUCUUCAUUUAGAUAUGUUUGUCUUCCCUGUAUCGAUGUAAUUUUUGGGAUGAAUUGGGAAAUGAUAUGGUAAAGAGGGUAGAACAGGAGUAUGGUACAUCCAUCUCUCUCAAAGUGUACGUGACAAUCCGAAAAGGCCAUCAGUCGGCCCUACUACCAGUGGUGCUUUAUAUCCAAUCAGCACCAUUGGAAUCUACAGGAAAAAGAAAUAUAGUCAACAACAGUAUUCAACUACUUGGGCAGAAAUGCAGAAAAUUCAGGAAAUGGAUAUCUGUUAGGUAUGAUUUUUUAAUGGUUUCCAAUCCAUGAUGGGCCAGACUAGAUGGACGGUGCUGAUUGAUAUAUUCCACUGCUACCUGUACCAGGGAGAGGUAACUUUACUACAUGCUGUCACCACUGACUUAUUGUAUAAUUUCUAAUAUUGUGCA